GCGGGACAGUGACAGCAACGCCGGCGGCAACGCCGGCACCCCAGCGGCCCCGCCUUCACCGCGGGCGGUGGUGGUCGGCGGGCGGGGGCAAGUCUUUACCGCGCACAGGACCGGCUGUGGACCCACAGACCCACCCGCCGGCCCCCGGACAGACUACGGACGGCGCAGAGAGCAGCCGCCGGUGCCUCCCGCAGCUCCCUGGGACCGAGUCCGCAGGGCCACCGAGGAGCUGAGCGACGGCUGCGCAGAGAACUGUCGCCGAGGCCACUCUGGACGCAGGAGUGCGCUUUCAGUGGUUUGCUUUAGAAUGAGAGCUUGAGUUUCCCCGACAGGUGCAUUUGGUCGAAUUCAACGGAAAUUCCCCUCCCUGUCCCUGCGCGGAGGUGCCGAUCCGGCGCCCCACCCAGACGGCGGUCAGUGUCCCCGGGGCGUCCCGGGCUGCCUCGGCCUCGGGAGCAUUUGCUGCUGGGGGGUGCCCUGGGAGCACAGAACACCCCCCAAAGAGAAGACAGCCCCCCGAGAGCCCGGGCCCCCAAAAUGACCGGACCUGCUUCUAACCUGGCAGGAAGACUGUAACCGUGGGAAUUCAGCUACCUACCCAGGCAAUAUGAAGAUUUUCUUUGUAGAACCUGCCAUUUGCCUUAGUGCAUUUGCUAUGACUUUGACCUCUCCACUGACAACACAAUAUGUGUAUAGGAGAAUAUGGGAAGAUACAGGCAACUACAGUUUUGUAUCUGAUAGCAAUACUUCUGAGUGUGGAAAAAACAAAAGCAGCCCCAUUUUCGCAUUCCAGGAGGAAGUUCAGAAGAAAGUGUCUCUUUUCAAUCUGCAGAUGGACAUAAGUGGAUUACUUCCUGGUCUGGUGUCUACGUUCAUACUUCUGUCUCAUAGUGAUCAUCGAGGACGAAAAUUCCCUUUGAUUUUGUCUUCUGUUGGUGCUCUAGCAACCAGUAUUUGGCUCUGUUUGCUUUCCUAUUUUGCUUUUCCAUUCCAGCUUCUGAUUGCAUCUACCUUCAUUGGUGCCCUUUGUGGCAAUUAUACCACAUUUUUAGGAGCCUGUUUUGCCUACAUAGUUGAUCAAUGUACAGAACAGAAACAAAGAACAAUUCGAAUAGCUAUAAUCGACUUCAUACUUGGACUUGUCACUGGAUUGACAGGACUGUCUUCUGGCUAUUUUAUCAGAGAAUUGGGUUUCGUGUGGUCCUUUGUAAUCAUUGCUAUGGCUCUUACUGUUAACUUGAUUUACAUUUCAUUUUUUCUUGGUGAUUCAGUGAAAGAAUCUUCAUCUCAGAAUGUUUCCAUGUCAUGUAGCGAAGGCUUUAAAAACCUAUUUUACCGAACUUCCAUGCUUUUUAAAAAUGCUUCUGGUAAGCGACGGUAUUUUCUUUGUUUGUUACUUUUUACAAUGAUGACUUACUUUUUUGUGGUAAUUGGUGUUUCCCCCAUCUUUAUCCUUUAUGAAUUGGAUUCACCACUCUGCUGGAAUGAAGUUUUUAUAGGUUAUGGAUCAGCUUUGGGUAGCGUCACAUUUUUUAGUAGUUUCCUAGGAAUAUGGCUUUUUUCUUACUGUAUGGAAGACAUUCACAUGACCUUCAUUGGAAUCUUUACCACCAUGGGAGGAAUGGUUAUGACUGCUUUUGCCAAAACAACGUUGAUGAUGUUUCUAGUGAGGCUGCCGUUCCUUUUCACUAUCGUGCCACUCUCUGUUCUACGCUCCAUGGUAUCAAAAGCAGUUCGUUCCACUGAACAAGGCACCCUGUUUGCUUGCAUUGCUUUCUUGGAAACACUUGGUGGAGUUGCUGCAGUUUCUACUUUUAAUGGAAUUUAUUCAGCCACCGUUGCUUGGUACCCAGGCUUCACCUUUCUACUGUCUGCUGUUCUGUUACUAAUUCCAGCCAUCAGUCUAUGUGUGGUCAAAUGCACCAGCUGGAAUGAAGGAAGCUAUGUACUUCUUACAGAAGAGGAAUCCAGUGAAGACACUUCAGAGAGAUGAUUGUGAUAAAAAAAAAAAAUAACUGAAAGUACACAUCAUAUACUCUGACUUCUGAGGAAUGUAAACUGGCUCCAUAAUCAAUAUUUCAUGACUAAUCAAUGUUACAUGUCCUUUCUUCUAAGCUGAACAGUGAGAGAACUAGCUCUUGGCUCUAGCUUCUUACAGUAUCAUGCACUUUGAGCACUCUAUGAGUAUCAUGUGAUAGAUUUCCAUAGAUAGAAGAACAAAUCUCAAAACACUUCCCAUUUUUGGAUUUAGGAAAGAAACUGAAACUUCACAGUAUAAAGAGGGAUUAAGAAACUUGACAUAAUAAAAAGCAAUAAUCUCCUGACAUACUCCAGUCUCAUGCUGGGACCAAGGAAGGAGAACUAACUCUAUACCUCAGUUUCUUCAUCUGCAAAAUGGGUUUGUGACCUCUUGAAGAUUUCAAAGGCUUAACUGUUCAAAAUUAUGAUGAAUGAUUCACUGACAGGAAAAUAAUGAUAAAACAUUCAAAUAUUUCUAGUACAAUCGUACCUCUGCUUGGAUAAUGCUUUGUUUUCUAGAGCCCAUCAGUGAAAGCAUUUAAUGGAUUCAAAAACCUUAAAAUGGAAUCACUUUAAAUGACACAUAUUUUCACUUUUCCUAAUAUGUUUCAUCAGCGACAGGCAUGAUAAUAAUUAGAUAGGUAACACGGGGUCACUGGAAAAAAAUCAUAAAAAGUUGUUUAUAAAAAAAUGUAAAAACUGAGCAAACAAUCAAUCAGGAACUAAUAUUACAGAGCCAAUAUUCAUUCCUUACUUUUUAUCAAAGAAUAGCCAUUUCUUACUGCCUUAAACUCAUCCUGAGACCCACCCUAGUCCCUGAAAACACAUUCUUUCAUGCCUUCUGUCUUUCUAUAUGCUGUUCAUUUGCCUUUCCUCCCUUGGGACAAUGAAACUUGAUUCUCAGCCAAAACACUGCUUCCUCUGUAUAGUCUUCUUGACACUUCUUCCCUACUCCUGUAGUCCCCCCAAUCCCUGCAGGGUGCCCACAGCACUUUCUGUAUACUUCAUCCUAGCAUCUUCCAUUGUCUUCUAAUAUUUGUCUUCCCUACUUGAAAUGAGCACCUUGAGGACAGGGACAAUCUUUGAUUCCUCAUUUUAUUUUUCUCCUCAAUAAAUGUUUGUUGAACUAAAUACAAAA